AUGUCCUCUACACUCACCAGCACUGAAAGUCCAAAGGUGUCCACUGCUGCCAGCAUCUCAAAGCAGACCACGUCCUAUUCAGACACCAGCACUCGAAUUCCAAUGGUCUCCACUGCUGCCAACAGCUCUACAGAGAGCACCUCGUCCACAGACAGCAGCACUGAAAACUCAUACUUGUCCACUGCUGGCAUCACAUCUAAACAGACCAGUUCCUCUACCCUCACCAGCACUGAAAGUCCAACGGUGUCCACUGCUGCCAGCACCUCUAAACUGACCACCACCUUUACAGACACCAGCACUGGAAUUCCAACCAUGUCCACUGCUGCCAGCACCUCUGAACAGACCAUCUCCUCCACAGAUACCAGCACUGGAAUUCCAAUUGUGUUCACUGGUUUCAGCACCUCUAAAGACACCAUCUCCUACACAGCCACCAACACUGGAAUUCCAACCCAAUCCACUGCUGCCAGCACAUCUCAACAGACCAUAUUCUCCACAGACAGCAGCACAGGAAUUCCAACCGUGUCCACUGUUACCAGCACCUCGAAACAAAUCAUGUCAUACACAGAUACCAGCACUGGAAUUCCAACGGUGUCAAUUGCUGCCAAAACCUCUAAACAGACCAUCUUCUCCACAGAUAGCAGCACUGGAAAUCCAUCUGUGUCCACUGCAGCCAGCACCUCUAAACAGACCAACUCCUUAACGGACACCAGCACUGGAAUUCCAACCGUGUCCACUAGUUCCAGCCUGUCUGAACAAACCAUCCCCUCCACAGACAACAGUACUGGAAUUCCAAGGGUGUCAACUGCUGCCAGCACCUCUAAACAGACCAUCUCCUCCAUAGACAGCAGCACUGGAAAUCCAUCCAUGUCCAAUGCUGCCAGCACCCCUAAAAAGACCAACUCCUCUACCCUCACCAGCACUGAAAGUCCACCCAUGUCCACUGCUGCCAGCACCUCUAAACAGACCACCUCCUUUACAGACACCAGCAUGGCAAGUCAAAAUGUGUCCACUGCUUCCAGCACAUCUAAACAGACCAUGUCAUCUACACUCACCAGCACUGAAAGUCCAACGUUGUCCACUGCAGCCAGCACCUCUAAACUGACCACCACCUUUACAGACACCAGCACUGCAUUUGCAAACUUGUUCAGUGGCGCCAGCACCUCUGAACAGACCAUCCCCUCCACAGACGCCAGCACUGGAAUUCCAACGGUCUCCAUGGCUGCAAGCACCUUUGUACAGACCAUCUCUUCCACAGAUACCAGCACUGGAACUCAAACUGUGUUUACUGGUCAGAGCACCUCUCAACAGACCACCUCCUCCACAGACACCAACACUAAAAGUCCAACAGAGUCCAUUCCUGCCAGCACCUCUGAAGACACCAUCUCCUCCACAGUCACCAGCACUGGAAUUGCAAAGGUGUCCACUGGUGCCAGCAGCUCUAAACAGACUCUCUCAUCCUCAGGCACAGGCACUGGUAUUCCAACUAUGUCCACUUCUGCCAGCACCUUUGAAAAGACCAUCUCCUCCACAGACAUCAGCACUGAAAGUCAAACUGUGACCACUGCUGCCGGCACGUAUACACAGACCAUGUCCUCUACACUCACCAGCACUGAAAGUCCAGCGGUGUCCACUGCUGCCAGCAUCUCAAAGCAGACCACGUCCUAUUCAGACACCAGCACUGGAAUUCCAAUGGUCUCCACUGCUUCCAUCAGCUCUACAGAGAGCAUCUCCUCCACAGACACCAGCACUGAAAGUCCAGUACUGUCCACUGCUGGCAGCAUGUCUAAACAGACCAACUCCUCUACACUCACCAGCACUGAAAGUCCAACAGUGUCCACUGCUGCCAGCACCUCUAAACAGACCACCUUCUUUAGAGACACCAGCACUGGAAUUCCAAAUGUGUCCACUGCUGCCAGUACUUCUAAACAGACCAUCUUCUCCACAGACAGCAGUACUGGAAUUCCAACCGUGUCCACUGUUGCCAGCAGCUCUAAACAGACCACCUUCUCCACACACAGCAGCACUGGAAUUCCAUCCAUGUCCACUGUUGCCAGCACCUCGAAACAGACCAUGUUAUCCACAGACAGCAGCACUGGAAUUCCAACCGUGUCCACUUUUGCCAGCACCUCAAAUCAGACCAUCACAUCCACCGACCCAAGCACUGGAAUUCCAACCGUGUCCACUGCUGCGAGCAGCUCUAAACAGACCAUCUUCUCCACAGACAGCAGGACUAGAAUUCCAACCGUGUCCACUGUAGCCAGCACCUCUAAACAGACCACCUCCUUUACAGACACCAGCAUGGCAAGGCAAACUGUGUCCACUGCUUCCACCACAUCCAAACAGACCACGUCAUCUACACUCACCAGCACUGAACCUCCAACGGUGCCCACUGCAGCCAGCACCUCUAAACUGACCACCACCUUUACAGACACCAGCACUCGAAUUCCAAUGGUCUCCACUGCUGCCAGCACCUCUGAACAGACCAUCUCCUCCACAGAUACCAGCACUGGAAUUCCAAUUGUGUUCACUGGUUUCAGCACCUCUAAAGAAACCAUCUCCUAUACAGCCACCAACCCUGGAAUUCCAACCCAAUCCACUGCUGCCAGCACCUCUCAACAGACCAUAUUCUCCACAGACAGCAGCAGAGGAAUUCCAAAGGUGUUCACUGCAGCCAGCACCUCGAAUCAGGCCAUGUCAUCCACAGAUACCAGCACUGGAAUUCCAACUGUGUCCACUGUAGCCAGCACCUCGAAACAGACCACCUCCUUUACAGACACCAGCAUGGCAAGUCAAACUGUGUCCACUGCUUCCAGCACAUCUAAACAGACCAUGUCAUCUACACUCACCAGCACUGAAAGUCCAACGGUGUCCACUGCUGCCAGCACUUCAAAGCAGACCACGUCCUAUUCAGACACCAGCACUCGAAUUCCAAUGGUCUCCACUGCUGCCAACAGCUCUAAAGAGAGCACCUCGUCCACAGACAGCAGCACGGAAAGUUCAGUACUGUCCACUGCUGGCAGCACGUCUAAACCGAUCAACUCCUCUACACUCUCCAGCACUGAAAGUCCAACGGUGUCCACUGCUGCCAGCACCUCUAAACUGACCACCACCUUUACAGACACCAGCACUGCAUUUGCAAACUUGUUAAUCGGUGCCAGUACCUCUGAACAGACCAUCCCUUCCACAGAUGCCAGCACUGGAAUUCCAACGGUCUCCAUGGCUGCCAGCACCUUUAAACAGACCAUCUCCUCAACUUAUACCAGCACUGGAACUCAAACUAUGUUUACUGGUCAGAGCACCUCUCAACAGUCCACCUCCUCCACAGACACCAACACUAAAAGUCCAACAGAGUCCAUUCCUGCCAGCACCUCUAAAGACACCGCCUCCUCCACAGUCACCAGCACUGGAAUUGCAAAGGUGUCCACUGGUGCCAGCAGCUCUAAGCAGACUCUCUCCUCCACAGGCACAGGCACUGGUAUUCCAACUAUGUCCACUUCUGCCAGCACCUUUGAAAAGACCAUGUCCUCCACAGACACCAGCACUGAAAGUCAAACUGUGACCACUGCUGCCGGCACGUAUACACAGACCAUGUCCUCUGCACUCACCAGCACUGAAAGUCCAGCAGUGUCCACUGCUGCCAGCACCUCUAAACAGACCACGUCCUAUUCAGACACCAGCACUCGAAUCCCAAUGGUCUCCACUGCUGCCAGCAGCUCUAAAGAGAGCAUCUCCUCCACAGGCACCAGCACUGAAAGUCCAGUACUGUCCACUGCUGGCAGCACGUCUAAACAGACCAACUCCUCUACACUCUCCAGCACUGAAAGUCCAACGGUGUCCACUGCUGCCAAAACUUCUAAACAGACCACCUCCUUUACAGACACCAGCACUCGAAUUCCAAUGGUCUACACUGCUGCCAGCACCUCUGAACAGACCAUCUCCUCCACAGAUACCAGCACUGGAAUUCCAAUUGUGUUCACUGGUUUCAGCACCUCUAAAGAAACCAUCUCCUAUACAGCCACCAACUCUGGAAUUCCAACCCAAUCCACUGCUGCCAGCACCUCUCAACAGACCAUAUUCUCCACAGACAGCAGCAGAGGAAUUCCAAAGGUGUUCACUGCAGCCAGCACCUCGAAUCAGGCCAUGUCAUCCACAGAUACCAUCACUGGAAUUCCAACCAUGUCCACUGUAGCCAGCACCUUGAAACAGACCACCUCCUUUACAGACACCAGCAUGGCAAGUCAAACUGUGUCCACUGCUUCCAGUACAUCUAAACAGACCACGUCAUCUACACUCACCAGCACUGAAAGUCCAACGGUGUCCACUGCUGCCAGCACCUCUAAACUGACCACCACCUUUACAGACACCAGCACUGCAUUUGCAAAGUUGUUCAGUGGCGCCAGCACCUCUGAACAGACCAUCCCCUCCACAGACGCCAGCACUGGAAUUCCAACGGUCUCCAUGGCUGCCAGUACCUUUAAACAGACCAUCUCCUCCACAGAUACCAACCCUGGAAUUCAAACUGUGUUUACUGGUCAGAGCACCUCUCAACAGACCACCUCCUCCACAGACACCAACACUAAAAGUCCAAUGGAGUCCAUUCCUGCCAGCACUUCUGAAGAGACCAUCUCCUCCACAGUCACCAGCACUGGAAUUGCAAAGGUGUCCACUGGUGCCAGCAGCUCUAAACAGACUCUCUCAUCCUCAGGCACAGGCACUGGUAUUCCAACUAUGUCCACUUCUGCCAGCACCUUUGAAAAGACCAUCUCCUCCACAGACAUCAGCACUGAAAGUCAAACUGUGACCACAGCUGCCGGCACCUAUACACAGACCAUGUCCUCUACACUCACCAGCACUGAAAGUCCAGCGGUGUCCACUGCUGCCAGCAUCUCAAAGCAGACCACGUCCUAUUCAGACACCAGCACUCGAAUUCCAAUGGUCUCCACUGCUGCCAGCACCUCUGAACAGACCAUCUCCUCCACAGGCACCAGCACUGUAAGUCCAGUACUGUCCACUGCUGACAGCACGACUAAACAGACAAACUCCUCUACACUCACCAGCACUGAAAGUCCAACGGUGUCCACUGCUGCCAAAACUUCUAAACAGACCACCUCCUUUACAGACACCAGCACUCGAAUUCCAAUGGUCUCCACUGCUGCCAACAGCUCUAAAGAGAGUACCUCGUCCACAGACAGCAGCACGGAAAGUCCAGUACUGUCCACUGCUGGCAGCACGUCUAACCAGACCAACUCUUCUACACUCUCCAGCACUGAAAGUCCAACGGUGUCCACUGCUGCCAGCACCUCUAAACUGACCACCACCUUUACAGACACCAGCACUGCAUUUGCAAAGUUGUUCAGUGGCACCAGCACCUCUGAACAGACCAUCCCCUCCACAGACGCCAGCACUGGAAAUCCAACCGUAUCCAUGGCUGCAAGCACCUUUAAACAGACCAUCUCCUCCACAGACACCUACCCUGGAAUUCAAACUGUGUUUACUGGUCAGAGCACCUCCCAACAGACCACCUCCUCCACAGACACCAACACUAAAAGUCCAACAGAGUCCAUUCCUGCCAGCACCUCUGAAGAGACCAUCUCCUCCACAGUCACCAGCACUGGAAUUGCAAAGGUGUCCACUGGUGCCAGCAGCUCUAAACAGACUCUCUCAUCCUCAGGCACAGGCACUGGUAUUCCAACUAUGUCCACUUCUGCCAGCACCUUUGAAAAGACCAUGUCCUCCACAGACAUCAGCACUGAAAGUCAAACUGUGACCACAGCUGCCGGCACGUAUACACAGACCAUGUCCUCUACACUCACCAGCACUGAAAGUCCAGCGGUGUCCACUGCUGCCAGCCUCUCUAAAGAGAUCAUCUUUUCCACAGACAGCAGCACUGGAAAUCCAUACAUGUCCACUGCUGCCAGCACCUUGAUUCAGAACAUCUCAUCCACAGACAUCAGCACUGGAAUUCCAACAAUGUCCACUCCUGCCAGCACCUCUAAAGACACCGUCUCCUCCACAGCCACCAGCACUGGAAUUUUAAUAGUGUCCACUGGUGCCAGCAGCUCUAAACAGGCUAUCUCCUCCACAGGCACAGGCACUGAUAUUCCAACUAUGUCCACUUCUGCCAGCACCUUUGAAAAGACCAUGUCCUCCACACACACCAGCACUGAAAGUCAAACUGUGACCACUGCUGCCGGCACGUAUACACAGACCAUGUCCUCUACACUCGCCAGCACUGAAAGUCCAGCGGUGUCCACUGCUGCCAGCAUCUCAAAGCAGACCACGUCCUAUUCAGACACCAGCACUCGAAUUCCAAUGGUCUCCACUGCUGCCAUCAGCUCUACAGAGAGCAUCUCCUCCACAGGCACCAGCACUGAAAGUCCAGUACUGUCCACUGCUGGCAGACCGUCUAAACAGACCAACUCCUCUACACUCACCAGCACUGAAAGUCCAACGGUGUCCACUGCUGCCAGCACCUCUAAACUGACCACCACCUUUACAGACACCAGCACUGCAUUUGCCAAGUUGUUCAGUGGCGCCAGCACCUCUGAACAGACCAUCCCUUUCACAGACGCCAGCACUGGAAUUCCAAUGGUCUCCAUGGCUGCCAGCACCUUUAAACAGACCAUCUCCUCCACAGAUCUCAGCACUGGAACUCAAACUGUGUUUACUGGUCAGAGCACCUCUCAACAGACCACCUCCUCCACAGACACCAACACUAAAAGUCCAACGGAGUCCACUCCUGCCAGUACCUCUAAAGACACCGUCUCCUCCACAGCCACCAGCACUGAAAGUCCAGCGGUGUCUUCUGGUGCCAGCAGCUCUAAACAUUCCACAUCCUAUUCAGACAUCAGCACUCGAAUCCCAAUGGUCUCCACUGCUUCCAACAGCUCUAAAGAGAGCACCUUGUCCAAAGACACCAGCACUGAAAGUCCAGUACUGUCCACUGCUGGCAGCACAUCUAACCAGACCAACUCCUCUACACUCACCAGCACUGAAAGCCCAAUGGUGUCCACUGUUGCCCGCACCUCUAAACAGACCACCACCUUUACAGACACCACCAGCACUGGAAGUCAAGUGAUGUAUACGGCUGCCAGCACCUCUAAACAGACCACCUCCUUUACAGACACCAGCACUGGAAUUCCAAUGGUCUCCACUGCUGCCAUCAGCUCUAAAGAGAGCAUCUCCUCCACAGGCACCAGCACUGGAAUUCCAACCGUGUCCACUGCUGCCAGCACCUCUAAACAGACCACCUCCUUUACAGACACCAGCAUGGCAAGUCAAACUGUGUCCACUGCUUCCAGCACAUCUAAACAGACAACGUCAUCUACACUCGCCAGCACUGAAAGUCCAACGGUGUCCACUGCUGCCAGCACCUCUAAACAGACCACCUCCUUUACAGACACCAGCACUCGAAUUCCAAUGGUCUCCACUGCUCCCAGCACCUCUGAACAGACCAUCUCCUCCACAGAUACCAGCACUGGAAUUCCAAUUGUGUUCACUGGUUUCAGCACCUCUAAAGAAACCAUCUCCUAUACAGCCACCAACACUGAAAUUCCAACCCAAUCCACUGCUGCCAGCACAUCUCAACAGACCAUAUUCUCCACAGACAGCAGCAGAGGAAUUCCAAAGGUGUUCACUGCAGCCAGCAUCUCGAAUCAGGCCAUGUCAUCCACAGAUACCAGCACUGGAAUUCCAACCAUGUCCACUGUAGCCAGCACCUCGAAACAGACCACCUCUUUUACAGACACCAGCAUGGCAAGUCAAACUGUGUCCACUGCUUCCAGCACAUCUAAACAGACCACGUCAUCUACACUCACCAGCAUUGAAAGUCCACCCAUGUCCACUGCUGCCAGCACCUCUAAACUGACCACCACCUUUACAGACACCAGCACUGCAUUUGCAAAGUUGUUCAGUGGCGCCAGCACCUCUGAACUGACCAUCCCCUCCACAGACGCCAGCACUGGAAUUCCAACGGUCUCCAUGGCUGCCAGCACCUUUAUACAGACCAUCUCCUCCACAGAUACCAGCACUGGAGCUCAAACUGUGUUUACUGGUCAGAGCACCUCUCAACAGACCACUUCCUCCACAGACACCAUUACUAAAAGUCCAACAGAGUCCACUCCUGCCAGCACCUCUGAAGAGAACGUCUCCUCCACAGUCACCAGCACUGGAAUUGCAAAGGUGUCCACUCCUGUCAGCACCUCUGACGAGACAAUCUCCUCUGCAGACAUCAGCACUGGAAUUCCAACGAUGUCCACUCCUGCCAGCCCCUCUGAAGAGACCAUCUCCUCUGCAGUCACCAGCACUGGAAUUCCAACGAUGUCCACUGCUGCCAGCACCUCUGAAGACACCAUCGCUUCUGCAGACAUCAGCACUGGAAUUCCAAGAAUGUCCACAGCUGCCAGCACCUCUGAAGACACCAUCGCCUCUGCAGUCACCAGCACUGGAAUUCCAACCAUGUCCACUGCUGACAGCACCUCGGAAGACACCAUCUCCUCCACAGUCACCAGCACUGGAAUUCCAACAAUGUCCACUCCUUCCAGCACCUCUGAAGAGACCAUCUCCUCCGUAGACAUCAGCACUGGAAUUCCAACGAUGUCCACUGCUGCCAUCACCUCUAAAGACACCAUCCCCUCCACAGUCACCAACACUGGAAUUGCAAAGGUGUCCACGGGUGCCAUCAGCUCUAAACAGACUCUCUCAUCCACAGGCACAGGCACUGGUAUUCCAACUACAUCCACUUCUGCCAGCACCUUUGAAAAGACCAUCUCCUCCACAGACAGCAGCACUGAAAGUCAAACUGUGACCACUGCUGCCGGCACCUAUACACAGACCAUGUCCUCUACACUCACCAGCACUGAAAGUCCGAAGGUGUCCACUGAUGCCAGCACCUCUAAGCAGACCACAUCCUAUACAGACACCAGCGCUCAAAUUCCAAUGGUCUCUACCUCUGCCCACAGCUCUAAAGAGAACAUCUCCUCCACAGACACCAGCACAGAAAGUCCAAUACUGUCCACUGCUUCAUGCACGUCUAAAGAGACCAACUCCUCUACACUCACGAGCACUGAAAGUCCAAUACUGUCCACUGUUUCCAACACCUCUAAACAGACCACCUCCUUUACAGACACCAGCAUGGCAAGUCAAACUGUGUCCACUGCUUCCAGCACAUCUAAACAGACCACGUCUUCUACACUCACCAGCACUGAAAGUUCAACGGUGUCCACUGCUGCCAGCACCUCUAAACUGACCACCACCUUUACAGACACCAGCACUGCAUUUGCAAAUUUGUUCAAUGGCACCAGCACCUCUGAACAGACCAUCCCCUCCACAGACGCCAGCACUGGAAUUCCAACGGUCUCCAUGGCUGCCAGCACCUUUAAACAGACCAUCUUUUCCACAGAUACCAACCCUGGAAUUCAAACUGUGUUUACUGGUCAGAGCACCUCUCAAAAGACCACCUUCUCCACUGACACCAACACUAAAAGUCCAACAGAGUCCACUCCUGCCAGCACCUCUGAAGAGACCGUCUCCUCUGCAGACAUCAGCACUGGAAUUCCAACAAAGUCCACAGCUGCCAGCACCUCUGAAGAGACAAUCUCCUCUGCAGACAUUAGCACUGGAAUUCCAACAAUGUCCACUGCUGCCAGCACCUCUGAAGACACCAUCUCCUCUGCAGACAUCCGCACUGGAAUUCCAACAAUGUCGACUGCUGCCAGCACCUCUGAAGACAACAUCUCCUCUGCAGAUAUCAGCACUGGAAUUCCAACAAUUUCCACUGCUGCCAGCACCUCUGAAGAGACCAUCUCCUCUGCAGACAUCAGCACUGGAAUUCCAACAAUGUCCACUGCUGCCAGCACCUCUGAAGAGACCUUAUCCUCUGCAUAUAUCAGCACUGGAAUUACAACAAUGUCCACUGCUGCCAGCACCUCUGAAGAGACCAUCUCCUCUGCACACAUCAGCACUGGAAUUCCAACAAUGUCCACUACUGCCAGCACCUCUGAAGAGACCUUACCCUCUGCAGAUAUCAGCACUGGAAUUACAACAAUGUCCACUGCUCCCAGCACCUCUGAAGAGACCAUAUCCUCUGCAGAUAUCAGCACUGGAAUUCCAACAAUGUCCACUGCUCCCAGCACCACUGAAGAGACCAUAUCCUCUGCAGAUAUCAGCUCUGGAAUUCCAACAAUGUCCACUGCUGCCAGCACCUCUGAAGAGACCAUCUCCUCUGCACACAUCAGCACUGGAAUUGCAAAGGUGUCCACGGGUGCCAGCAGCUCUAAACAGACUCUCUCAUCCUCAGGCACAGUCACUGGUAUUCCAACUAUGUCCACUUCUGCCAGCACCUUUGAAAAGACCAUCUCUUCCACAGUCAUCAGCACUGGAAUUCCAAAAAUGUCCACUGCUGCCAGCACCUCUGAAGAGACCAUCUCCUCUGCAGACAUCAGCACUGGAAUUCCAACGAUGUCCACAGCUGCCAGCACCUCUGACAAGACCAUCUCUUCUGCAGACAUCAACACUGGAAUUCCAAAAAUGUCCACUGCUGCCAGCACCUCUGAAGAGACCAUCUCCUCUGCAGACAUCAGCACUGGAAUUCCAACGAUGUCCACAGCUGCCAGCACCUCUGAGGACACCAUCUCCUCUGCAGACAUCAGCACUGGAAUGCCAACAAUGUCCACUGCUGCCAGCACCUCUGACAAGACCAUCUCUUCUGCAGACAUCAACACUGGAAUUCCAAAUAUGUCCACUGCUGCCAGCACCUCUGAAGAGACCAUCUCCUCUGCAGACAUCAGCACUGGAAUUCCAACGAUGUCCACAGCUGCCAGCACCUCUGAGGACACCAUCUUCUCUGCAGACAUCAGCACUGGAAUUCCAACGAUGUCCACAGCUGCCAGCACCUCUGACAAGACCAUCUCUUCUGCAGACAUCAACACUGGAAUUCCAACCAUGUCCCCUGCUGCAAACACCUCUGAUGAGACCAUCUCCUCUGCAGACAUCAGCACUGGAAUUCCAACAAUGUCCACUCCUGCCAUCACCUCUGAAGUGACCAUCUCCUCUGCAGAGAUCAGCACUGGAAUUCCAACAAUGUCCACUGCUGCCAGCACCUCUGAAGAGACCAUCUCCUCUACAGUCACCAGCACUGGAGUUCCAACAAUGUCCACUGCUGCCAGCACCUCUGACAAGACCAUCUCUUCUGCAGACAUCAGCACUGGAAUUCCAACCAUGUCCACUACUGCCAGCACCUCUGAAGAGACCAACUCCUCUGCAGACAUCAGCACUGGAAUUCCAACAAUGUCCACUGCUGCCAGCACCUCUGAAGAGACGAUCUCUUCUGCAGACAUCAGCACUGGAAUUCCAACCAUGUCCACUGCUGUCAGCACCUCUGAAGAGACCAUCUCCUCUGCAGAAAUCAGCAGUGAAAGUCAAACUGUGACCACUGUUUCCAGCACAUAUAAACAGACCAUUUCUUCCACAGACAGCAGCACUGGAAUUCCAAUGGUGUCAACUGUUACCAGCACCUCAAAACAGACCAUCUCCUCCACAGACACCAGCCAUGGAAUUCCUACCGUAUCCACUGGUUCCACUACCUCUGAACAAUCCAUCCCCUCCACAGACACUAGCAGUGGAAUUCCAACUGUGUCCACUGGUUCCAGCACCUCCGAACAAACCAUCCCCACCACAGACACCAGCACUGGAAUUUCAACGGUGUCCACUAUUGCCAGCACCUCUAAACAGACCAUCUUCUCCACAGACACCAGCAUGGCAAGUCAAACUGUGACCACUGCUGCCAGCACGUCUAAGCUGACCAUCUCUUCUACAGUCACCAGCACUGAAAGUCCAGCGGUGUCCACUGUUGCCAGCACCUCUAAACAGACCAUCUCCUCCACAGACACCAGCACUGAAAUUCCAAGGGUGUCCACUGCUGCCAGCACCUCUACACUGACCAUCUCCUCCACACAUACGAGCACUGGAAUUCCAAUUGUGUUCACUGGAUCCAGCACCUCUAUACAGACCAUCUCCUCCACAGGCACCAGCACUGGAAUUCCAACAGUGUCCACUGCUGCCAGCACCUCGAAACAGACCAUGUCUUCCACAGACAGCAGCAUGGCAAGUCAAACUGUGUCCACUGCUUCCAGCACAUCUAAACAGACCAUCUCCUCCACAGAUACCAGCACUGUAAUUCCAAUUUUGUUCACUGGUUCCAGCACCUCUAAAGAGACCAUCUCCUCCACAGUCACCAGCACUGGAAUUCCAACCAUGUCCACUGAUGCCAGCACCUCUGAACAGACCAUCUCCUCAACAGACACCAGCACUGGAAUUCUAACCGUUUUCACUCUUGCCAGCAGCUCUAAACAGACCACCUCCUCCACAGACACCAGCACUGCAAUUCCAUCGGUGUCCACUGCUGCCAGCCCCUCUAAACUGACCAUCUCCUACACAGACACAUCCAGAUCCACCACAUCCUCAGGAACAUUUCCCUCUUCCUCCACUCUUACAGACACUAGUGACCUCUUCCUCCAUUUGGGCAACUACCGUACCCACAUCAUUGCCUGUCUCUUUGGAGGCCACAAGAUUUAUGACGGAGCAAUCUUCCCAUCUCACUUCUGUAUUAGCAGACACCAGCAUGUCCCCGGAGACCAGCUCACUCCCCCCAGCAAAUACACGUUCCUCUCCAGGGCCUACUGCCUUUGUGCAGAAUUCAACACCCGAGGAGAAACUGAUGGCAUCGCGGAGCACCACACAAACAUACCCAACGCGGCUGCCAACGGGCGCCCUGAGGGGCCAGCCAAGAGCCCUUUGCCCUCCGCAUCAUCUGCUCACCCGACAGAAACGCUCACUGUCCCCAAGACACCAGGGAAAACAACCACCGUGGUAGACAUGGCCACCACAGCCUCAGCUACUUUCUUCAACAUUCUAGAGACAACGGCGCCUUUGACAACUGGAUCCGAAGGAGAUGCCAGCAUCACUGUGUCCGUGACAACCCCAUACGCUUUCAGCAGAGAACCGAAGAGCACAGCCUCACUGGUCCCCAGUUCUGGGACAGAGAUCAGUUCAGAUGGUCAACUUGUGACUGUUUCCUACACGGAGCCCGACGUGGCAGCUCCGCACCACGCUGCCAACAGCCACCAAUCCCAGGGCAGAAGCUUCAACCCCAACUAUUACCUCUACCGUACCAGAUUUUGUGUCCUCGCCAGCUACCAGCCGUGGAGAAGACGCAAACACCACCGUGACUUCACUGGACACAAGUCCCAGGACAAGAGCCAGCUCAUCCAUUCCAACAACCACCACCUCACCUGGUACGGCAGGACCAGCAACCUCACAGGUCACAAGUUCUAUGACACACACCACUCCUUCAAAACCAACGCCAGUCCCUUCUGCGGAUACACCGCCCUCAGAGACCAUGGCAUCGGAGACCGAUGCCAGAACAACCGAGCCGUCCCUGACUGGCCGCCCUUCUGA